CCAGCCCUGCAUCUCUCCGAGCCAUGGGGCUGCCCAUGCUGCUGGGCUGUGUGUCCCUGUGGGCUGGGCUGGCCCUGGCUGAGGUGGGAUCAUCAUUCAUUAACUGCAAAGAAUAUUUUUACAAAGAAGCUGAGCCAGAGGGGUUCGACACUCAAGAGACAAGAAAGAUCUGCCAGCGCUUUAAUAACAUUUACCACUUCGCCACCCUGUAUGACAGACAACGCCGAACGCCGCACUGGUCUGCGUACACGCUGAAGAAUAAAUCAUGUGACAAGCAGACUCAGAGAAUGUACACAUGGUUCGUGGAGCCACAGCUGAAAGAUGGAAACACGUGUACAGAAAUGAAAAUAGAAUCAAAGUCAGGCCUGACUAAAGACUAUCGGAAAUCCACUCAGGCCAUCUGCGAGGACUAUGAAAACACCAACUAUGACCGGGGACACCUGAACCCAAACAGCUUCCAGUGUGACAGUGGUCGCACGGCCACCUUCACCCUUACCAACGCUGUCCCCAUGGACCCCUGCUUCAACCGGAUCCACUGGGGCAAGCUGGAGAAAAGCCUGAAAGACAAAUUAAGAAAAAACUGCCUCAAUGAGAGUGGCACUGCCUACCUGGUGACAGGAGCUGUUGGUAGCACAGAGAAAAUCCCCAAAGAGAACGGGGACAAGGAAGGAGACCGUAAUCGGACCUAUGACCGGGUGGUAGUGCCCAGCCAUAUCUGGACUGCCGUCUGCUGUGACCAUAAAUACAACAACAACCUCAAGUUCUCCUUUGCCUUCCUGGCAGAGAACAAAGAGGAACCCAAGCUACGAGUCUUCUCUGCGGAGCAAUUAAACGAGGAGCUGAGGAAAAUGUACAAAUCUCAGAACAUCAGGGUCCUGGCAGAUGACUGCAAUGCUCAGAGCCCGAAAACUGAUGAGGUUAUAAAAUCAAUGAAAAAAGAUUUGAAUGGUGCCUUCCGGGACCCGAAAAUUGAGUUUCAGUACCCCCCUCCAAGCAAGAAGAAAAAAGUUUUUGGCUAGUCCUGUACUGAAGUACCCUUGUGCCCCAACCAGCACCUCCACAGCAUGAUAAGCCUGGGGGAGCAGCCUCAGGUUGGCCAGCUGAACCCCCCCCCCCCCAACCUUCCUGCCAGCCAGGGCUGUUCCAACCCGGCUCACCAUGCUGCACUCCCAGGUGCACAUAUAAAUGGUGUGCCCAGGAACUUCCUGGGAGCAAUAAACUCUGACACAAUAAGCAUCGGUGUUUAUUGCUCCACCCUAACUGCACCUAUAGAUGUGCCCAUGUGCCCAUGGUAAUGCAGUUCAGGCAGCGUCCUCUGGUGAUGGAGCACAGAGCAUAGAUACAGGCACACAAUACACAGCCCCCCUGAUUCUGGCCCUCCCGACACUCCACAAACCUGUUCCUCCAUUUCAUGCAAUAGGUUCUCUUGUACCGGUGCAUGCAUGAAGCCCCUUUGAACCCAGUCACCCAGGAGCUGCUACUGAUCCCUCCUGUUGAGCAGUAGCAGCACUCUGGGCCUGGCUGCUCGGGUCGUCUUUCUGGUAGACAUCCGUGCCCUGCUCCCAGGGAUUCUGUGAGUGCAGUUUGCUCAUUUACCACGGUCCUGAGGUUCCCUUUGAAAGAAGUGUCAUCCCCCUCCCUCCCUCGGAGAAUUGCUUAGACCUAAUAAAUAUGUUAAUGUCACCAAAAAAUGAAGAACUGGUCAUUAUGGGUAAAUGAACUAAGAAAUCCUACUGUGAGAGAUGGGUUGGCUCCACAAUAUAACUGAUUGGCUUCAGCUUAGUUUAUCUCAGUUGCUUUUAAGCUCAUAAUAAGGGUAAGUUCAGGACUUGCCCAGCAUUCCGGGUGUCCAAACUGGAUCGUUCGAAUCGCUGAUUUAUGAUCUGUGUGUUGCUUGGCAAAUGAAUAAA